AUGGCCCAGACCAAACACGCGAUGUCCGCUGAUGUGGAGAGUCGGAGGCGACAGUCCACUGAGAGUUCAGAGCCCCUCUGGGACCAUGACCCCAAAGGUCGCCGCUGUAGCUCGCAGUGUGACAGACUGUGUGUGGCUGGUGCAUACCAUGAGAUUCUUGAUACUCCCUCCCCCUGCACCUCCCAGUAUUUCGGACAUUACACCCCAAAAUGCUUCUCUGCCCACAGGCAUUCACAGCACUCACGGUGCACAGAUGACGUUUGGCAGGAAGCGAGCAUCCGAACAACCAUCCGAGCAGAAAACGAGGUGGAAGCAAAUAAACUUGCCAACAACUACAGGUUUGGUUUCAGGAAAUGGAAGAGUCAUGUAACCGAACGACCCAUUGAGGACAGAUCUGAUGUGGUGAAGGAGCUUUAUUCUGAGCUCAACUACAUCAAACGUCAUUCGGGAUCUCUGAUCACUCCUGGGAAUGUUGUAUAUGUGUUGCUCUUUGGCUGGUGGAUCUCCUUAUUUUACUUCUUGGUCAGUCUACUGAUGUUUUGCUCAAUCGCUGGGAUCCCAUAUGGAAAACUCUGUUUCCAGUUGUCAGGUUAUUUCUUAUGGCCAUUUGGAAAGGCAUUACAAAAGAGCAGUAGCCUGGUGAGGAAAUGUUGUAUAAAAUUCCCCAACUGCGAGGCCAUUCCGGAGGAGGGGGAUGAGGUUAAGGAUUCCUCAGAGGUCAAAGAGUCCACACCUCUGUUGCGCUCCGCUCCAACUAUAGUCACAGAAAUACCUGUGACUACUACGCCCCCCAAACAGACACAUUACUGGUGUCGUCUAAGCACAUAUGUUUGGCUGGUGAUUGGAUACCCCCUGCUGGCUGUGGUUCAUUUCCUGGCCAUCUUCCUGUCAUGGAUGAUGGUUUUCACCAUCCCUGUUUCAAAGAUGAAUGCUAGGACAUUGAGCACCAUCCUGCUCAUGCCACCAGAAGAGGUCAACGUUCGUACAGUGAAAAAACCACAAGGCUGUGAGACCAGAGUUCUGCUUUGCUGUUAUAAUGCCUUCAACUGGUAUUACUACAAAUACACUGUGGAUGGAAUCAAUGUGUUUGCAGUCAAUCUGUUGCCACUGGUUAUCAUCACUCUUGUGAUCGGCUAUGUGGACAAAGAUAAUUAUUUUGUGAGCUCAGAGGCAAAGUUUGCUACAGCAUUGAGCUCGAUUAUCCCCUUGUCUUAUUACAUUGGAAUGGGAAUAGCAAGUAUUUCAGCACAGAGUAACUUUGCAGUGGGUGCAGUUGUAAAUGCCACCUUUGGGUCCAUUACGGAGAUGGCUUUCUACAUAACAGCUUUGCUGCAGGGCCACCAUGCAGGAAGCAAGUGCUACGCAGAGAUUGUCAAAUCUGCACUGACUGGCACCCUGCUGGGCUGCAUUCUCUUUAUACCUGGGGUCUGUAUGAUCAUCGGGGGCUGUAAACACCGAGAGCAGAGGUUCAACAGCAGAUCAGCAGGAGUGAGUUCAGCACUGCUCUUCAUAUCAGUGGGAGGUGUUUUUGCCCCCACGCUGUUUUCAAAAGCCUAUGGAAACUUUAUUUGUGAGGGCUGUAACAAUUCACCUGGUAACACCUCAAAGCCCUUCUUAUGCAACAACUGCCACUAUGACCUGAGCGAAAACAAUCAACCUCUUUUUUUGAGUCACAUCGAGCCUUUAGUGUACACUAUCUCUGUCCUGUUACCUGCCGCUUAUCUCAUUGGUCUGAUCUUCACCCUGAAAACCCAUUCACAUAUUUAUGACAUCCAUGUCAGUGAUAGCCACUGUCACGUUAUGAGUGAUCAUGGAGCAGUGGCUCACUGGUCGAGAGUGAGGGCUCUAGUGGUGCUUAUUUUGGCUACAUUACUGAUGGCAGCGUGUGCUGAUCUUACCACUGAGCACAUCAAACCAAUCAUUUCUAACUCCAGUGUCUCGCAGUAUUUUAUUGGAGUGACUGUGUUAGCCAUGGUGCCCGAGCUUCCUGAGAUAGUCAAUGGAAUCCAGUUUGCUCUUCAGAACAACAUCAGUCUCAGCCUGGAAGUGGGGAGUUGCAUUGCAGUUCAAGUGUGCAUGCUACAAAUACCUCUGCUGAUCCUAUUCAAUGCUUUUUAUGAUGUUGGAUUCGUCCUCAUAUUCAGUGAUUUACACCUCUGGGCAAGCAUCUUUAGCGUUAUCCUGGUCAACUACAUAUUUAUGGAUGGAAAGUCUGACUAUCUCCAGGGGACAGCUCUGGUGGUCGUUUACCUCAUUCUCCUGGCCUUGUACUUUUUUGCGCCUGCUCCCCUCGGCUGCUGAGAAAUAUGAUUACACUGAAGCUGAGAACAAUUUCACUAUAUGUAUGCCUAUGACACAGAAAAUGUAUAAAUGUAAUGGAAACUUAAGACAGAUAAUGUAUGAAUGUAUAUUCCAUGUGACAGAAAAAACAAUUUAUUCAAAAGAAAAGAGAUAC